AUGGCGGCGGAGGGCCAGGAAGUUUGCUCCACCGCCGGCGAGAGGGUAGACGCCGCCGGCACGGGGAGGAUGGUGGUGGUAGCGGUGAAGAUGGACGCUCAGAGCAGGGAGUUGCUCACUUGGGCUCUCGUGAAGGUCGCCGAGCCCGGCGACCGCGUCAUCGCCCUCCAUGUCCUCCUUACCGGCGGCGGUACGAAUUCCCCUUCUUCCCCUUCUCUUCCGCGCGUUAUGGAAGAAUGAACCCGAGGGUUUUUUUUGUUCUGUGCAGAUCGUUCGAAUCGAGAAGGAAAUUACGGCUCUUGCUCUUCCCUCUUCUCCCUCGUCAAGUCCUUCGAAUCCAUACUCGCCGUCUACGAGGGCUUCUGCAACCUGAAGCAAGUAUGUUGGCCGUUUCCUCCGCCUUCUCCGGAUUCGCCUCUGGAAAUCUGCGACUGGAGUGAAGAGGCUCGGUCCUCUGGUAAUCACUGGGAGUUCCCGACUGAUUCUGCUGCUCUGUCGUGUUGUAGAUCGAACUGAAGCUCAAGGUUUGCCGGGGCUCGUCCCUCCGCAAGUCCCUGGUUCGCGAAACCAGCGAUCUCCCCGCCGCCAAGCUUAUUCUCGGUGUCACCAAGAACAACCGAGCCAUAGGGUAACAUAAACUUCCGUCUAUUCUUGAACUCUCUCCGGGUGGAAUCCAUCUUCUCUGAGUUUCCACGGAACGCCAUGAUUAUCCCUUCUAGGUCCUCGACAUCGGUUGCCAGAUACUGCGCUAAGAAGCUUUCUCGAGAAUGCUCGGUGAUGGCGGUGAACAACGGCAAGAUCGUCUUCCAGAGAGAAACGGCGCCUUCAUUCAUCUGCCUCUCGCCCUCAGGCUGGCUUCUGUAUCCUCCGCGCCAUCGGCGACUUCCUCGCCGCCCCCAUCUCCCUCACCUUCACGCCCUGAUUUCUUCCCCCGAUCCCUCCAAAUUAUCCGGCGAAGGAGGAGGGCAGACCAGAGGGAAUAUUCCGGCCGGAUUCCCUCCUGAAGCCUGUCGUUCAUCGGACUGUGAGGCCGUCUCGACUCCCUCGCCGGCGCCGAGGGGCCGGGGAGUGAAGAAGGGGAGAUCCCUGAGCCUGCCCUGCGAUAUAGACAAGUACGAAAUUUCAAGCUCAUCGUGCUUUGAAGGAUCACCAAAAUCAAGCUGCUUCGACGGAGAAUCCCCUGACAUCCUGCCCGAGGAAGAAGAAUCCGCCGGCGCCACAGAGAGCGUCGCCUACCCCCACUCUCCGGCAGCCGAGGGCCCGCCGGAACGGCGACCUGGAUGGCACCGCCCCCGGCGAUGGCCACCCCUGCAGAGGACUGGCUCAGAGAAAUCCAUGAUAUCGACGUUUCAACGGGCUCUGCGGCUUCCCCUCCGGCAUUCGGCAUCGGCGACAAUUCACCCAGAUCGGAAGCCGGUAAAACCUCUGUCGAACCCGCCGACCAACGUCGGCGGCGACGGCGGCGGGGGUCUGGUAUCUCCGGUGGGAAGGGACUCGUCUCUUCCAACUACUAGACCCGCCAAGGGGAAACCAGGAAGACUCCCCAAGGACUUGGAAACUCUUCAUCUGAAGUACUCCUCCACUUGCCGACUGUUCAGCUACCUGCAACUCGCCACGGCUACAUCCGAUUUCUCUGCCGGUCUGUUCGACUUCAACCUCUCCUCCCUCCUCUGGACCUCGAAUUUUUCUUAAGGAACUUUGACCUAAUCGAACGCCGCGAUUUUUGUUGCAGAGAGAUUGGUCGGGAAGGGAGGGAGCAGCCGGGUCUAUAAAGGUCGUCUCUCCGACGGCGAGGAGUUCGCCGUGAAGAUCUUGAAGCAGUCCGAAGACGCGCUGAGAGAAUUCCUCCUGGAAGUCGAGAUCAUCACCACCCUUCGCCACAAGAACAUCAUAUCCCUCUCUGGGUUCUGCUUCGAGAACGAGAAUCUCGUCCUGGUCUACGACUUCCUACCGCGAGGCAGCCUGGAAGACAACCUCCACGGUAUAAAAAGUCAACCUCGAUUCCAAGAUCUACCAGGGAUUUCCCCCCCAUUCAUCUCCUCCUGGUGCUGCGUGAAUCAGGCAAUGACCAUGAGAAGGCUUCAUUCGGAUGGGCCCAGAGAUUCAAGGUGGCCAUGGGCGUGGCCGAUGCGCUGAAUUACCUGCAUGGCGCCGGAAAACCUGUGAUCCACAGGGACGUCAAAUCAUCAAACAUCCUCCUCUCAGAUGAUUACGAACCGCGGGUACUGCCAUACUCCACUAGAUCAGAUGCAGUGCAAUUUUCCCAUCGGGGUCGUCCGGCUUGCUCAUGAGCUUCUUCUGAUGUUUGGGCCUCAGCUGGCUGAUUUUGGGCUCGCUCAGUGGGAAUCGUCGUCUUCAUCACACGCACCCUGCAGCGACGUCGCUGGGACAUUUGGGUCAGUAACACAAGCCCCAUCUCUUUCCCUGAUAUGUUCCCUUGGAAACAAACAGGCCGCAAGCUGAAGCUCGCAUUUGGCCGAACAGGUACUUGGCUCCUGAGUAUUUCAUGUACGGGAAGGUGGACGAGAAGAUCGACGUCUACGCGUUCGGCGUGGUGCUCCUGGAGCUUCUCACCGGGAGGAAGCCCAUCAAUGCCGUCUCCCCAAAGCGCCAGGAGAGCCUGGUCACAUGGGUAAGCUUCCCCUCAACCCGUCUUCGAGUUCAGAGAUUAUAAGAACACAGAGAGAGAGAGAGGUCUUGACCUCUGAAAGAGCUCCCUUCCCUGAAUCAUGGCGGCAGGCGAAGCCGUUUCUCGGAAAUGACCAGGCCACCGGUCUGCUGGAUUCAAGCUUAGGAGACCAAUACGACCAACAAGAAGCUGAGAGGACGAUCCUCGCCGCUUCUCUCUGCAUCAGAAGAGCUCCCCAGUCGCGCCCGAGGAUGGCCCUCGUGAGAAAUCCUCUCGAUCUCCACCUGAUUCUCCUCCUCUUCUAGGCUUUCGGCUCUUCAACUCACCUAAAUGGGUCUGCGCUCGUCUCCUGAUUGGAAGGUCUUGAAGCUUCUCCAAGGAGACGAAGACAUCGUGAAGUGGGCAAAGCUUCAGGUCGGUGGUUCCUCGGAGGAAGGCGGCGGGCUGGACGAAGAAGAUGAGGAAACCACCCCCACUGCCACCAUCCGCUCCCAUCUCAGCCUCGCGCUACUCGACGUGGACGACGACUCCAUGUCCAUCAGCAGCACCGAGCACGCCGUUGACUUCAUAAUGGCCCACGGCUCUCUGGAAGACUACUUUCAGAGGAGGGGGAGCCGCUCAUCGAGCUUCGACUAA